GCAUUCUUCAUUUCUCCUACUCCUACACCCAACCGUUUUUAGUUUUUACGCCCAAACAUUUGUCUCGUUUACGUCCACAACUUCGUCUUCUUCGUCCGACUAAACCCUCUCUGCAACUUCCUCUCUCCAUCUCCAAUGGCUUCAUCCGUAUGCUCUUCGUUUCGAGCAAUUAUCCCUCAGUGGACUCACAGCAACAAAAUUUUCAGAUACUGUCUACUCCUACACUGCAAAAGGAAGCAUUCUUUCAAUUUCACGCCGUUAACUAUUUCUUCUGCUUUCAACGAUGAUUCCAUUCCUCCCACACCAAACCCUAAACAAUCCCAGAUGAGUUACGAUCCUUCAGAAGAUCUCUUCGGAAUUUACGCGGAUCUGCAGCCGAGGAAAGGUCUUUCAAGUGAUUCAAGUCCAAGGUCUUGGUUUGGUCCAAAUGGUCAGUAUAUUAGAGAGUUGCCUUGCCCAAGUUGCAGGGGAAGGGGCUACACUCCCUGCACAAUAUGUGGCAUUGAAAGAUCAAGAUUAGAUUGUUCACAGUGUAAUGGCAAGGGUAUGGUUACAUGUCAUCAAUGCUCGGGUGAAUGCGUAAUUUGGGAAGAGUCCAUUGAUGAAAGACCAUGGGAGAAAGCUCGUUCAAUUUCUCCACUGAGAGUAAAGGAAGACGAUGAAGUUGACAAUCUUGAAAUAAAACUGUCUGUAAGGAAAAAGUCAAAGCGUGUAUACCAUUCUCCAUCUCCUGAAGUUGGUUUGAAGAUCAGUAAAGCUUUGAAAGCAAUUGGGUGAUUGCAGAGCCUGAAUGCGAAAACUGGAUUAUUCACCAACCGAAUGAAACUCAUCCAUGGUAAUCCCAAGCUUCAUGCUGAACGAGUGGCAGCCAUCAAGAAAUCUAAAGGGUCUGUUGAUGCAAGAAAGCAUGCUUCAGAAACCAUGAAAGCCUUCUUUAGCGAUCCAGAAAACCGACGCAAAAGAAGCAUUUCCAUGAAAGGGGUGGACUUUUAUUGCAAAAACUGCGGUCGAUUAGGGCACAGGAGACACUAUUGUCCAGAAGUUGAUCAAACAGAUCGACGGUUCAGAUGCAGGUUGUGUGGCGAAAAGGGUCACAACAGAAGAAGCUGUAAGAAAUAUGAGACAAAAGAAUCAAAUUCAGAUAAAACAAGUUUUAAUCCACCGUGUUGCAGUGUAUGUGGAAAACCCGGGCAUAAUCGUAGGACUUGCCUACUUCAGCUUCAGCCCCCCACCUCCACCACAACCAAAACUCAGGGGAUCAAGAAAUCUCCUGUUGACUUGAAGAAAAGAGGUUACACUUGCAGGCUGUGUGGAGAAGAAGGUCACAACUUCAGGACAUGCCCCUCAAGAAACAUAUCUUAAUAUAAAGACAUAUUAAAUGUUAAUGUUUCAGUAAAAUAAUAUGGU